GAAUAUUUGGAGGCAGUUGACUGCACCCGAUGGAAUUUACUUGGAGCACUUCGAUAUGUAUCAAGCAAAACCGAAUUUACGAGCAAAAGUAGAGCAGAAGAUGAUAAUUUAUUAAAACCAGCACAAAAUAAGGCUCGACAGCUUUCCCAAGAGUUAGACAUAAGCGAACCGGCAAUCAAAGAAUUUCUCGAUAGCCAAGAUUUAAAAUUAACCAAUGAUAAUGUCGAGCAUGGUCAUAAUAUUUUUAAAGAGAGAAGAAAUAACAAAUUGCUGAUUCAAUUUCAUGAAAGAAUGCAACAAGAUUAUGCUACCCUUUACGAACAAAGUAGAUUUUGCGACGUAACCGUUAAGAUCAGCGAUCAAACAUUCAUGGCACAUUAUUUAAUCCUAUAUACAAGAUCUUCUUUUUUUCGUAAUGCCUUAUCAAAAAGCGUAGGUCAAUGCGAGAUUAUGAUUCCUAACAUCACUCCUAAGGCGUUCGAAGGGUUACUAAAGUACAUUUAUUGUGGAACCAUCGUUUCAUUGGCCGACUCCGAGGUAUUCGAUUUUUUAUACGCGGCGAUCAAACUUGAGUUAGAUGAAAUUGUAAUUUGA